CAUAAUAGGCUUGACUACACUCUUAAAAAUAAAGGUGCUUCAAAAGGUUCUUCAAGCGAUGACAUAGAAUAACCAUUUUUUGUUCCACAAAGAACCACUCAGUCAAAGGUUCUUUAAAGAACCAUUGCUUACUUUUUUAUAAUCUGAGGAACCUUAUUUGCCACAAAGAAGCUUUUGUGAAACAGAAAGGUUCUUCAGAUGUUAAAGGUUCUUUACAGAACCAUUUAGACAAAAAGGUUCUUCUAUGGCAUCUGAAGCAGCUUUAUUUUUAAGAGUCUAGACUUUCAAAAAUGUUUUAGAACAAAACACCUCCAGCUUCCGAUGUGGGCCCAUUUAAACAAAAACUAGUUUGGCAGCUUAGGCUAAACACUCGCUAUGACCAACAGUAACAAGCAGGAAACGAGUCUAGCUAGAAAGUCCUUAAAACUGGAUUCCCUCCCCCUUUUUUUUGUAUACAGCCAUACCUAUAAGUGAGUGUUACAUUUAACAGUACAGACACACAGCUAACGGCCGUUGGGGAUAACAGCAACGUCUUCCCGUAUUUAUUUCUUCAAGCCAACAAGUAAAGAAACAUGCCGUCAACGGGAUGUCAAAUCUUGGGCAUCUGCCUGGCUAUGGUCGGCUUCUUGGGAAGCAUCGUUGUCUGCGGCUUGCCCAACUGGAAGGUAUCAGCAUUCAUCGGAGCCAACAUUGUGACCUCGCAGAUCAUUUGGGAAGGUUUAUGGAUGAACUGUGUGGUUCAGAGCACAGGACAGAUGCAGUGUAAAGUGUACGACUCUCUGCUGGCUCUUCCUCAAGAUCUGCAGGGCGCCAGAGCCUUGGUGAUCAUCGCCAUCAUCGCUGGGAUGUUUGGACUCAUCCUGAGCAUCGUAGGAGGAAAGUGCACCAACUUUGUGGAAGACGAGGCAUCUAAAGCGAAGGUCGCAAUUGCUAGUGGGGUCAUCUUCAUCAUUGCUGGACUUCUUGUCCUCAUCCCCGUCUGCUGGACUGCGCAUACCAUAAUCAGGGACUUCUACAACCCUGUGUUGGUGGACAGCCAGAGGAGGGAGCUUGGGGAAUCGCUUUACGUUGGUUGGGCUUCUGCAGGUUUGCUUCUUCUGGGUGGAGGUCUCCUCUGCAGCUCGUGCCCACCACGUGAGGAUGAUCGCCCUGAUGUUAUGUAUUCAAAAGCCAGGUCUGUGGACAGCAAAGCUUAUGUAUAAAAAGAAGGAUUGAUAAAACAAAUGAUAGUAAGCUGACAAGGAACUAAUUUACACAACAGUAGGAAAUUAAGAUGAAAAACAUUUCUUUAAAUGAGUAUUACCACAAAAUAGAAAUGCAUUAUGUAACAUUUUCAUGAAAUAUUAAUUGAAGAAGUGUGGGCUUCUGGGCUUCUGAAAUGUUCAUUAAUAGAGGACGUUUUGUCACUUCCAUCACCGUUGUGUCCUUGAGAACCUCAUUGCCUGAGGAGUUCAUCUCAGCACAAAAGAAUAAUGUUGUAUUUAACAAAAAAUAGCACUGUGAUUUCAAAAUGUUCUUGUUUUGUCUUUCAUUCAACGCAAUUAUUUAAAGAAGUCUCUUAUGUUGCCUAAGACUGCAUUUGUUUGAUCAAAAAUACAGUUAAAACUGUAUUAUUGUUUCAAUUUCAUAUAAUUGUUUUUUUUUAUUUUGAUAUUUCUUUAGCAAUGUAGAAAAUAAAAUUCAUUAUUCUUUGAUAAAAGUAAGUUCAGAAGAGGAAUAGAAAACGUUUGUAACAUUAUAAAUGUCUUCACUGUCACUUUUGAUCGAUUUAGGGCAUCGUUGCUGAAUAAAAAUAUUAACUUGUUAAAAUCUUACUGACAAUAUUUUUAACAGUUGUGUAAUAAUACAUCUUUUUUUGCAUUUCAAUACUGUGUAUUAAAAAUGUAAGACAGUCACUGAUAGCACACUUUCUUGCAUUAAACUACAGUUAUUUUCAUACUUUCACCUAUUCAUAUGACAUGUAGCAAUGUGUACUUAAUAAAAAAUA